GCAUGCGUAAUUAUUAAAAUAAAAUUCACUUCCAAUGCGUUUUAUCUCAGUAGAAGACGAACGGCGCGCAACUAAACGGGUGGACAGAAAUAAACUUGGAGCAAAAAUGCAUGGCAAAUUUCUUUCGGCUUUUAUUGUAGUGUUAGUGUUUGGGGCAGCACAUUGUGGUUUAGAAGACUUUUUGAGUAUGGCAACAAAUAUAGCUGGCGCACUCGGGACAAAAAAUUCUGGACAGAUACCACGUGGAAAUGGCUGCGUGAUAAACUGGUCGUUCCAGGGCAUGUUGGCGGGAAUAGAAUGGAAAUACAUGGGUGUCUGUACGGAUUCGUGUACACAUGAAACAGAAACCGUUUUUAAACAAAGCAGAGGCGGGGCCGUGGAACACUGUCUGCACAACUUAAUGCGAAAAAUUGCAAGACAUGGCGAUCUAUAGAAUGACUUUAAUUAUUGUUUACCUUCAUUUAUUCAAAGCUGCGUGACCACUUUACAUGUGUAUUUUUAUUAAUUUAGAUACUAAUUUGUGCAGUAAACCUGUGUUGCAGUAAUAUGCUGGAAGUGUAACAGUGCACGAAGUGUAUAAUAUUCAUUAAUUCAUUAUUCUUGAAACCGUAUAUAACACUAUGUAAAACUGCUUCUUGUAUAUUUCUCUCUGUCAAUAUUGUCAUCAUUUAUUAAGACAAAAGUACCAAUAUGAGUGUUGCAACAAAAAUGCAUGUUUUUUGUUUGUUUCUUUUUU